UCCGGUCCGGCGGGAUCUGCUGCCGGUAGCGGCUGGGGGGGGUCUCGGCCCCCCGGGGCCAUGGUGGUGUCGGCGCUGGACCCCCCCGCGCCCCCCGCCAUGGUGGCCGAUGUCGUGUUCGUCAUCGAGGGCACCGCCAACCUGGGGCCGUACUUCGAGUCCCUGCGCAAGCACUACCUGCUGCCCGCCAUCGAGUACUUCAACGGGGGCCCCCCGGCCGAGACCGACUUCGGGGGUGACUUUGGGGGUACCCAGUACAGCCUGGUGGUGUUCAACACGGUGGAUUGUGCCCCCGAGUCGUACGUGCAGUGCCACGCCCCCACCAGCAGCGCCUACGAGUUCCUCACCUGGCUGGACAGCAUCCAGUGAGGGGGGUGGGG